AUGACCUAUGGUGCCUCGGGGCAGCGCGACACAGUGGAACAGGGCUCUGAACCCUGGUCCAAGAAGACACGCGCCGUCCUUCAGUCAAGCGUGAAAUUUUUUAAACUCCACUUUGAGUUCGGGUGGGGGGGGGGGGGGGGGGGGGGGGGGGGGGGAGGGGGGGGGGGGGGGGGGGGGGGGGGGGGUAUCGAGAUUCAAAGGCAGUACCACCCAGCUUUGUGGUUUGAGGUGUUGUGUGUGUGUUUGUUGGGGGUUGGUGUGUUGUUGGUGUGUGUGUUUGGGGGUGUUGUUGGUGUGUUGUGGGGGUGUGUGGGUUUGUGUGGGGUGGUGUUGGGUGUGGGUGUGUGUGUAAUGUUUUGGUGGUGUGUUGUGUUGGUGGAUGUUGUGUUGGUGGUGUGGGGUGUGUGGUGUGUGGUGAGUGGUGUUGGGGGGUGGGUGGUGUUGGGGGGUGGUGUUUGGGUGUGUGUUGUGGUGUGUUGGGGUGGGGUGGUGUUGUGUUGGGGAGAUUGUUGGGGGUGUGUUUGUUGGUGUUGUGGUUUGUUUGGUGUGGGGGUUGGUGUUUGUGUGUGGUGUGGUGUUGUGUGUUGGUGGGGUGUUGUGGGGUGGGGUGGUGGGGGGGUUGUGGGUGUGGGGUGGGUGUUGUUGGUGUGGGUGGGGGUGGGGGUGGUGUGUGGGGUGGGUUGGUGGUGGGGGUGGUUGUGUGGGUGUGUUGGGGUGGUUGGGUGGUGGUGGGGGUGGGUGUUGGUGGGUGUUGUGGUUGGUGGUGUUGGUGGUGGUGUGGUUGUGGGGGGUGUGGUUGUUGGGGUGGGUGUUGUGUGGGGGUGUGGGGUGUUGGGGUGGUGUGGGUGGUGGUGUUGGGGUGGGGUGUGGUGGUGGGUGGGGUUGGGGUGGUUGGGGUGGUGGGGUGUUGUGUUGGUGGUGGGUUGGUGUGUGGUGUGGGUGGUGGUGGGUGGGUUGUGGUGGUGGGUUGUUGGGUGUGGUGGUGUGGGUGGGGGUGUGGUGUGGGGUGUGUGGGUGUGGGUGUGGUGGGGUGUGGUGUUGGGUGGUUGGUGUUGUGGUGGUGGGGUUGUUGUGGGUGGGUUGGUGUUUUGGGGGGGGUGGGGUGGGGGUGGGGGGGGGGUUGGUGGGGGUGGGUGGGUGGUUGGGGUGGGGGGUGGAGGGGGUGGUUGGGGGGGGGGGUGGGGGUGGGGGGGGGGGGGGGUUUUGUUGGUGUUUGGUGGGUUGGUGGUUGUGACCGAGACCAGGACGGGCCCUCUUGGAUGCAGUAACUAUGACAACCUGGAUUCUGUCAGCUCCGUUUUGGUCCAGAGCCCUGAAAACAAGAUUCAUUUGCAAGGGCUCCAGUCGGUGCUGCCAGAGUACCUCCGGGCCAGAUUCGUGGAGGCGGCGCUGAGCUACAUUGGCUGCAAUGAGGAGGGCGCACUGGUGUGCCGGAACAACGACUGCUGGUGUGCGUGUGGACCGGACCACCCACACUGUAACUGCCCCGCGGUCGAGCUCAAAGCCAUGGAGACGAGCCUGCUGCAGAUCCGGGAGGCCUGGACGCUCGCCAACCACGACUUUGAAGAGUCAGAAGAGUUCCAAAACUUUGUGCGUAAGCUGCCGACUUUCAACGCCCUCAACACCUCAGCCAUCCAGUUCUUCUGGAAGUCGGAUGCGGCCGUUCACCAGAGAUACCGGCAGCUGGAGGCCAACGCCCAGCAGCUUUUGAGCAAGUCACGUCGCAUCGUCCAGAAACUGUUCACCCUGAGCAAGCGCUGCCGCAGCCAGCCUCACAUCGUCAUGCUGAGGGAAAGACCCUUCAGCUACUGGCUCCAUUACAUCCUCUCCAUCAUGUACUGCAGUGAGAACAACCACAUUGGCUCCUACUUGGAAGAGACCAGAUCCUGCUCCUGCCCUUACGAACACCCCCCCUGCCAGGGCGUCAUCCCCUGCACCGUGGGCGAGGGCACCGCCUGCGCCACCUGCUCCUACGAAAACCGUUCUCGCUGCGCCUCCUGCAACCAGGGCUACAUGCUCAGCCAGGGCGUGUGCCGAAACGAGGUCCCAGACUCCACCGACCACUACAUCGGGUUCGAAGCGGAUUUGCAGGACGCUGAAAUGCGCUUCUUGCUUCAAAAACGGGACAACCGCAUCGGCAUUCAUGGGAUUUUUGUCAGCAACGACGUGCGGUUGAAUAACUGGUUUGAUCCCUCUUGGCGAAAGAGGAUGUUACUGACUCUGAAGAGUAAUAAGUACAAGUCCAAUCACGUGCACAUGCUUUUGGGGAUGUCGUUGCAAGUUUGCCUUACCAAGAACACAACGCUCGACCCGGUCAUGUCUGUCUAUAUAAAUCCUUUUGGAGGUAGCCAUUCAGAAAGCUGGAUCAUGCCUAUAGACCAGACUCCAGAUUAUCCAACGUGGGAGAGAACUAAACUAGACGUGCCCCACGAUUGCUACAACUGGACGCUGACCUUAGGAAACAAGUGGAAAACGUUUUUUGAGACAGUGCAUUUUUACCUCCGCAGUCGCAUCAAAGGACCCUCACCCAGCGGCAAUGGAACAAUAUACUACGAACCGUUGGAGUACAUCGAACCGGGUCGGAAUCUCGGGUACAUGAAAAUCAACAGCAUCCAAGUCUAUGGGUAUAGUAUGCAUUUUGACCCGGAAGCGAUACAAGACUUGAUUUUGCAGCUGGACUACCCGUACACUCAGGGAUCUCAGGACUCCGCACUUUUGCAGCUUUUGGAAAUCCGCGAUCGGGUGAAUCGACUCUCGCCGCCCGGAGCUCAAACUUUGGACCUGUUCUCGUGUCUUUUGCGACACAGACUGAAACUCUCCACCACAGAUGUUGCGCGGAUUCAGGCAGCGUUGCAGACGUUCAGUGCCAAACAGCCCAACUCGAUUGAAUAUGAGACAACCAAAUUAUGUAGCUAA